CAGGCGCCCCAGCCGGGCUCGGGUUCUGCCGGCGAUUUAGCCCAGCAGGCAACGCAGCCUUCCCGGGAACUCCUGAGGGAGCCGCCAGGCCUCGACCUUCCGCAGUGGCCGAGCCGCCGCCCCGCCCGCCCGCCGUGUUUGGCCUGCAGAGUGCCCCGUGUGCCCGGAGAGUGCGACCCUCGCCCGGCCCGGCGAGCCCCGGGCGUGAACGGAGCCGAGGGAGGAUGGCAGCCUCCGGGGUGGAGAAGAGCAGCAAGAAGAAGACCGAGAAGAAACUCGCUGCUCGGGAAGAAGCGAAAUUGCUGGCGGGUUUCAUGGGCGUCAUGAAUAACAUGCGGAAGCAGUGAUUUAAAUCCACCACCCAACUAUAGUUUAAUGUGCUUAGGAAUUUAUACCCAGUGCUAACUUGAAAUCACACUGGGAGGUACUGAUUGCCGAACCCUGUUGACAAGCCACAAAAAUCCAAAGAAAACAUUGUGUGAUGUGAUCCUCAUGGUCCAGGAAAGGAAAAUACCUGCUCAUCGUGUUGUUCUUGCUGCAGCCAGUCAUUUUUUUAACUUAAUGUUCACGACUAACAUGCUUGAAUCAAAGUCAUUUGAAGUAGAACUCAAAGAUGCCGAGCCUGACAUUAUUGAACAACUUGUGGAAUUUGCAUAUACUGCUAGAAUUUCCGUGAAUAGCAACAACGUUCAGUCUUUGUUAGAUGCAGCAAACCAGUAUCAGAUUGAACCUGUGAAGAAAAUGUGUGUUGAUUUUUUGAAGGAGCAAGUUGAUGCUUCAAAUUGUCUUGGUAUAAGUGUACUAGCAGAAUGUCUGGACUGUCCUGAAUUGAAAGCAACUGCAGAUGACUUUAUUCAUCAGCAUUUUACUGAAGUUUAUAAAACUGAUGAAUUUCUACAACUUGAUGUCAAGCGAGUAACACAUCUUCUCAACCAGGACACUCUGACUGUGAGAGCAGAGGAUCAGGUUUAUGAUGCUGCAGUCAGGUGGUUGAAAUACGAUGAACCUAAUCGCCAGCCAUUUAUGGUUGAUAUCCUUGCUAAAGUCAGGUUUCCUCUUAUAUCAAAGAAUUUCUUAAGUAAAACGGUACAAGCUGAACCACUUAUUCAAGACAAUCCUGAAUGCCUUAAGAUGGUGAUAAGUGGAAUGAGAUACCACCUACUGUCACCAGAAGAUAGAGAAGAACUUGUGGAUGGCACGAGGCCUAGAAGAAAGAAACAUGACUAUCGCAUAGCCCUAUUUGGAGGCUCCCAGCCACAGUCUUGCAGAUAUUUCAACCCAAAGGAUUAUAGCUGGACAGACAUCCGCUGCCCCUUUGAAAAGCGAAGAGAUGCAGCAUGUGUGUUUUGGGACAACGUAGUAUACAUUUUGGGUGGCUCUCAGCUUUUCCCAAUAAAACGAAUGGACUGCUAUAAUGUGGUGAAGGAUAGCUGGUAUUCCAAACUGGGUCCUCCAACACCUCGAGACAGCCUUGCUGCCUGUGCUGCAGAAGGCAAAAUUUAUACAUCUGGAGGUUCAGAAGUAGGAAACUCAGCUCUGUAUCUAUUUGAAUGCUAUGAUACAAGAACAGAAAGCUGGCACACUAAGCCCAGCAUGCUGACUCAACGAUGCAGCCAUGGGAUGGUGGAGGCCAAUGGCCUCAUCUAUGUCUGUGGUGGAAGUUUAGGGAACAAUGUUUCUGGGAGAGUGCUUAAUUCUUGUGAAGUUUAUGAUCCUGCCACAGAAACAUGGACUGAACUUUGUCCAAUGAUUGAAGCCAGGAAGAAUCAUGGGCUGGUAUUUGUAAAAGACAAGAUAUUUGCUGUAGGUGGUCAGAAUGGUUUAGGUGGUCUGGACAAUGUGGAAUAUUAUGAUAUUAAGUUGAAUGAAUGGAAGAUGGUCUCACCAAUGCCAUGGAAGGGUGUAACUGUGAAGUGUGCAGCAGUUGGCUCCAUAGUUUAUGUCUUAGCUGGUUUUCAAGGUGUGGGUCGAUUGGGACACAUUCUCGAGUACAAUACUGAAACAGACAAAUGGAUUGCCAACUCCAAAGUCCGUGCUUUUCCAGUCACAAGUUGUUUAAUUUGUGUUGUUGAUACCUGUGGAGCAAAUGAAGAGACCCUUGAAACAUGAAGAAUGAGGGGACUUCAUCCUCAUCAGAGACUCAAAAAUAUGGCCACCAGUGCUUUGUUCCAAGAGUUUGGUUACAAAGUUUUGGUUUGGUGUUUUCGUAAAGAAAGUUUCAAGUGAAGUAAGGUCCCUAAUAAGAUAGAUAUUUCUUUUAUAUGGAUUUUCUUACUUAGUUCAAAGAACAUAUUUUAGCUGGCCACAAAACAAAGAAAUAGCAAG